CAAGUAUUGAAAGUUUACUGUCGCUACUUUCAAAAUGGCUGCUUCAAUUGCCUUGAUAUCACACAGAAUUGAGUAAAUGUAUGUGACGUUCUCGGCUGGUUCUAUCAUCUUGACGUGUGUGUUUAAUAUCUCUCUCUCGUAUUAUAUUGUGUGCAAGUAACUUUUUUAAGUUAAAAAAUACAAUAACAAAUCAGUGAUUAUUGUGACAGUGAUAUAUAUUUUUUUUAAAUUGUUAUUGUUUUAUUUUUAAUCAUCAUUUUGGAAUACUUUUAUUUUUGACAUUAGCAAGAAGGAAUAAUGACCAAGGAUGAUUGCCUGUGAAUCAUGAAACUAGGUUGUCAAGUAUUUGGUGUAAAAAAUUGACAACUGCAGUUAUGCCAACUUAUCACAAUGCGGGUGGUGGCUACCGAAAUAUAUCAGCACCAGCCCGACAUACAAAAGUUGAUAAUAAUCAAAAUAAUCAUCACAAUACAACAAAUGUUGUAGCAGCCCAAACAAUUAUUGAAAACGCAAUACAAUCAUUAUCAUUAAUUGAAGAAUCAAUGAAUUCAAAAACUUCAUUAUCAACAAUUAAUUUAACAACUGGUACAAAUAAUAAUAACAACAAUAUUAUGUCACAUGCAAUAUCAUCACCAGUUAUGACAGCAACACCAACAACAACAACAACAACAACAACGACACAUAAUAAUAAUAUAGCAUCACAAAAUUUAACUGGUCAUAUGAGUCCAGUAACAUCACCAGUUAUUAUAACACCAAAUGCUGUAACAAAUUCAACAAAUUCGAAAUGUUUAAUUGAAUCAACAAAUGCCAAGCAUGAAGUUAGACUAAAUGCAAUGCCAUGGUUUCAUGGUAAAAUAUCAAGGUACACUGCUGAACAAUUACUACAACCAAGGGAAGAUGGUUUAUUUCUAGUCAGACAUUCAACAAAUUUUCCUGGUGAUUAUACAUUGGGUGUUUGUUUUGAGGGUGGUUUACAACAUUAUCGUAUUAAAUUGAUAAAUAAUAAAUUAACAAUUGAUGAUGAAGAACAUUUUGAAAAUCUUGCAUUACUUGUUGAACAUUAUAUGGAAGAUGCUGAUGGUUUAUGUACACGUUUAAAAAAACCAUUAUAUAAACAAGGAAAAUUAGAUUUUUGUGUUGAUCCAAAAGCAUUUGUUGAAGCUGGUUGGGUUAUACAAACACAUGAACUUAAAUUACUUGGUAGUUUGGGAAAAGGUGAAUUUGGUGAUGUUAUGGAAGGACGUUAUAGAGGUGAAAAAGUUGCUGUUAAAAUGUUAAAAGAUAAUAGUGAAGCUGCACAAAAAUUUUUAGCUGAAGCAAGUCUUAUGACAUCAUUGAUACAUGAAAAUUUGGUUAAAUUACUUGGUCUUGUAUUUAAUAAUCAACAUAUGUAUUUAGUUACUGAGUAUAUGAGUAAAGGAUCACUUAUUGAAUAUUUAAGAUCACGAGGAAGACAACAUGUUACUGGAAGAGAUCAAAUUUAUUAUGCAUAUGAUACUUGUGCUGGAAUGGCAUAUUUAGAAUCACGACAUGUUGUUCAUCGUGAUUUAGCAGCAAGAAAUGUUCUUGUUGCUGAGGAUAAUACAGCUAAAGUAUCAGAUUUUGGUCUUGCACGUGAUGAAAAUUUUUCUCUUGAUGGUGGUAAACUUCCAAUUAAAUGGACUGCACCAGAGGCUUUAAAACAAAAUAAAUUUUCAAACAAAUCUGACAUGUGGAGUUUUGGAAUUUUACUCUGGGAAAUUUAUACAUAUGGCAGAGUACCGUAUUCAAAAAUACCACUAGCUGAUAUUGUCAAGUGCGUGGAAAAAGGUCUAAGAUUAGAAUUGCCAGAGGGUUGCCCCCCUGAAAUUUACGACAUAAUGAAACAGGCAUGGGAUUUACAACCCGAGAAAAGACCAUCGUUUUGUGACGUUAAAGUUAAACUUGGUCUUCUCAAAGCUGAGUACACCAAAUAUGCAAAUUAAAAUAAUGAAUCAUUAGAUUCAUUUGUAAACACAUAAAUAUUGGCUGUUGUCAUUAACAAGAAAAUAAAAAAAAUUAAAACAUAAUAAUUUAACACGAAAAAAGAAAAAAAAAAAAAAGACAAAAUGGCUCUAACACUUUUUAAAUAGUCACCAUAAAUUUGAUGGUAAUUAAGAUAUAUAUAUAAAAAAAAAAAAAGUAUUAAGUAUUAUCAGCGUUGAUUGUAUCAAUUCUAAAUUGUGUUGCAAGAGAAAAUUUUUUUUUCUUUUUUUUUUUUUCUUUUAAAAUGAUCCAUAGAAAUAACCGCAUGUCGAUUGUGCCUUUGUUCAAAUAGUUUAGUUUUGAAAUAAACAAUUUCCACUGAAAUAUUACACGAAAAAAAAAUAAUAAUUAUAUUAAAAUAAUAGAUUUUAUAAUAUCCCAAAAAUAAAUAAUCAGUUAUACAAAUUUUUAUCGGUCUAUUUAAAAAAUUAUGCAAAUAAAAAUUUUUUUAAAUUUACAGUUUUUCAAAUUUUAUAUGAAUUUAUACAGGAGACUGGCUUGUAAUUUUUAUUAAACAAAAAAAAGAUAUCUUCAUUUAUAAAAAAGUAAAAUUUAUACAAAAAAGUUUUAUCAUGAGUCAUUUAAAUAAAUAAAACUUAUCUUUUUUUUUUUAUUUUAAUUUGUUGUUUUUUGUUUAGAAAAAUGAAAAAAGCGAGAAAUUAUAGUCUUCUUAACUUAAAUAUUAUAGUGCAUAAUGAUAUGAAUUAAAUAAUUAUAAAAAAAGGUCAAACGGAUGUUUACAGAUGCAAUUGCGACAGAUUUUUAAUGAUGAUAAUGAUUGAGGAGUAGAUUAGAUAUUAUGCUCAAAAAAAAAAAACAUUUUGUUUACUUGUUUGAAAUUAUUUCCACUCCAUUUGUCACUUAGUUCAAACAUCCCUAUAAAAUUAUUAAAAAACA